UGCCCCCUUAUGGAAUGUGUUGGCUUGGUCUUGAAUUUAUGCUGCUGCACAUUUUAGGUUUUGAUAUCGAGUAUUGAUUGUAGAUAUGAUAUUUUGAUAACAAUUUUGAUAACAAAGGUUUGAAGGUUUAAUGAUUAUGUUGCUUUGGGUUUCUCACAUCUUGUGUGAUCUGAUUUUAGUCACGUUUGCUGCCGAAACUGAGGACAACUGGAAGGAUGGAUGGGGCUAUUUUCACUCCUGUUUCAUGUCAGCAUGGCAGAACAGAUUCUUUGUGUACUCUGUGGCAGCUGUCUGCAUUGCUAUCUGGUUUACUUUUCAGAUGGUUAUGAAGAAAGAGAAUAAAGGCGUAAGUAGCACCCUGGCUCAGAACCCCAAGAAUAAAAAAGAGAAAGGGAUUGUGGCUGAAAAGGUCAACAAAGUUUAUGUCUCAGGGGUGAAGAUAUUCUAUGGUUCUCAGACUGGAACAGCAAAGGGCUUUGCUGAAGAUCUUUCUAUAGAUGUGCAGUCCCUAGGCCUGCCUUCAGAAGUGAUUGAUGUGAAAGAUUAUGAUCCAGAUGACAGUUUGGCAGAAGAGGCUACAAGCAAGUCAGUUUGUGUGUUUCUGUUCGCUACUUACACUGACGGUAAACCCACAGAAAAUGCCCUUUGGUUUUGUAAGUGGCUGGAGGAGACAUCCACGGAUUUCAGAUAUGGGAAUACCUAUCUCAAAGGCAUGAGAUAUGCAGUCUUCGGUCUGGGGAACUCUGUGUAUUCCAGCCACUACAAUACGGUGUGCAAGAACGUGGACAAGUGGCUGUGGAUGCUAAGUGCUUCGCGCAUCAUGACCCGCGGGGAGGGCGACUGCAAUGUGGUCAAGAGCAGGCAUGGCAGCAUAGAGGCCGACUUUGCUGCCUGGAAGUCCAGGUUCCUGACCCGCCUGCAGAGCCUUGCUAAGGGGGAGAAGAAGUCCUGCGGCAAGCAGUGCAAAUCGGGGAGAUGCAAGAACAAGCAGAAGCACCAGCAGCCCGCGGAGGAGGAAUCGGAGUCCUCCCCUGGCAAAGAGGAGCAAAGCUCGGAGGAGGAAUUGUUUGAGACCAGCAGCGAGGAAGACUUCACCCAAGAUGAAGUCGCCACUCAUGGACCUGUAAUUGACGUGGAGGAUCUGGGCCAAGUCAUGAAUCAAGUGAAGAAAGCCAAGAAAAGGGGGGAGUUGGAGGAGGAUCCUGGAAAGGUCAUGCUGUCCAAGCAUAGCACUGGGAGGAGUGACGACGAGGAGGCGAGAGAGAUGAUCACUCCAGCUUUGAGAGCUGCUCUGACAAAGCAAGGGUACAGACUAAUAGGGAGUCAUUCUGGAGUGAAGCUCUGUCGAUGGACUAAGUCAAUGCUGAGAGGCAGAGGAGGCUGUUAUAAGCACACAUUCUACGGCAUUGAGUCCCAUCGCUGCAUGGAAACCACUCCUAGCUUAGCUUGUGCCAACAAAUGUGUCUUUUGUUGGAGACAUCACACUAACCCUGUGGGCACUGAAUGGCGCUGGAAGAUGGACCCCCCAGAGAAGAUCUUGAAGGAAGCUGUGGAGAACCACCAGAACAUGAUCAGACAAUUCAGAGGAGUUCCAGGCGUGAUGGCAGACCGCUAUGAGGAAGGGAUGAUGGUGAAGCACUGUGCUCUGUCCCUGGUGGGAGAGCCCAUCAUGUACCCUGAGAUCAACAGGUUCCUGAAGCUGCUUCACCACCACAGGAUUUCCAGCUUCCUGGUGACAAACGCACAGUUCCCAGAGGAGAUCAGGAGCCUUGAGCCUGUAACACAGCUGUAUGUCAGCGUGGACGCUAGCACCAAAGACAGCCUGAAAAAGAUCGACCGCCCACUCUUCAAGGAUUUCUGGCAGCGUUUCCAAGACAGUUUGAAAGCACUGGGAGAGAAGCAACAACGCACAGUGUACAGACUUACACUGGUGAAAGCCUGGAAUGUGGAUGAGCUCAAGGCCUACGCAGAGCUGGUAGCUCUGGGAAAACCUGACUUCAUAGAGGUGAAGGGAGUGACGUACUGUGGAGAGAGCUCUGCCAGCAACCUGACCAUGGCUAAUGUUCCCUGGCACGAGGAGGUCACCCACUUCGUGCAGCAGCUGGCAGACCAGCUUCCCGAUUACGAGAUCGCCUCAGAGCACGAGCACUCCAACUGCCUCCUCCUCGCACACAUCAAGUUUAAAGUUGCUGGGGAGUGGUGGACCUGGAUCGACUACGAGAGAUUCCAGGAGCUCGUCGGGGAGUUGGAAGAGAGUGGGGGCGCAAACACCUUCACAGCUUUGGACUACGUGGCAAAGACUCCCAGAUGGGCCGUGUUCGGGGCCAAGGAGAGAGGGUUUGAUCCUGCAGACACCCGCUUCCAAAGAAAAAACAAAACUAAGGAUCUUUCCGGAUGCUGACACUGGUUGACCUUCCAUUAGGUUAUCUCUUUCCUUGUUCAAAGUUUUUUUUUUUUUGCCUGGUUUUAACUCAUAAAAGAUCAAAGCUGGAUGUGCCCAGUUAUUCUUCUAUGAAAGGAUGUGCAUGUGAGUGGUGAUAUCAUCUUCCAAUUGACAGACACCUGUCAAGAUCAUUUUGGGAUGCAUUUGUGGAGAAUUUGGGUUUUUAUCCGCUGGUGCUUUACCAGGAUUUUAUUCUCUAGAAAUAACUCUCCAUAAUUCCUUUUUAAAGGCAUAUCUUUAAAUUGUCAUCUCUUGAGUUUUUGCACUUGUUAAUCAUUGAUUCACAUGAACAGGUCUCUGUACUUAGGUCUACAAAAUCAGGGAUUUUAGGUGCUUUUUGUGACCUUAGCUGAAUUGUCUGAUAGUAGCUGUUACUUCUCCGUAGUUGGUACACUCUGCUGUUGAGCCAAGUCGUUUUAAGGUAUGUUUUUAGAAAAGUUCAACAGAGCAGUUGUUUUUCUUCCUCCCUCAUGUGAUCCCAAUAAAAAAGAAAUAAAAAUGAAUGUGUGGCUUUUUUCAAAGUAAUUUGCAAAAGAACUGGUUUCACAUUCCAAAGUUAACCUGUGCCCUAGACAUCAGCACAGCAGAUGAACUGCCAAACCCUGAUGAGUCUCCAGUAGGCUAAUGUGUGAAGUAAUUAUUGUGAUUGUUUUGUAGCUGGGAUUUCGUUCCCUUUCCUAGUAUGCGGCCACAUUGCCUAAACAGUGAAAUUAAGCUUGCUGUCAGUGCUGAGGUUUGAGCCAGACAGAAAUGAACCCCAAUGUCACUUAAGGAGGUUGGUCUUCUUUUUUUUAUCAAAACAGCAUUUGCUUCUUUCUCUUGUAAGCAAGAAGUAACAGCCGCUGGACAGACAGAAGGCAAUUUAACUUUUAUACUUUCAUAGAUUUUGAGGCAAUUUGCAAUGUUUUCUUUAACAAACUGCUUAACAUACAAUAAAGAAGAUAAAAAA